GCGCAGAGGCAUGCGGCGCAAAACGAACAAGAGCUUCGUGAAAAUGAAGAGUUCGCUCGGACAUGCUUCGAGACACUUCUCCAGUUCUCAAUGCUGGAAGAUGUGGAUUCGUUAGGAGACGUCGACAAUGACACUGACCCCCUGGCUAUAGUGGCCCUGCUGGACAGGUUCCAGGAGGUCAUCUCCAAGUACACCACGGACGAGGACAACGCCGAGCCUCUGCCCAGGCACCAGUUAUCAGAGAUCUCAUUCGUGCUCAAGGCACUGGCGACCCUGACAGAGUCUAUGAAGAAGGCGCCCCCCGGGAAAGUGGAUCCAGCGGCGUGGCAGAAACUUAUAGGAGUGUACCCGUCGCUGGCGGCGCUGGCGGCGGGCGCGCGCGCGGCGGGCGCGGGCGGCGCGCUGCGGGCCGCGCUGCUGCAGUACGCCGCGCUGCUCGCCGCGCCGCCCGCGCCGCCCGCCGCGCCGCUCUAGCGCAGGAGCAUCUACAGCGGGUAUUUUUAAGCCAAUCAAUAGCAAAUGAUUUGAAGUUAAAAUGGGAAGGAAGUUAAAAGGGGAACUUGCAAUAAUACGAUGUUUAUUAUAUAGACAUAAUUUACACAGAUUGAGACAGACCUAAAAAAUGAAGACCUUGAAUAUGAUCAUACUUCAAUUUCAAACUGGGAAUCGAACCCGUUACCUUCGUGGAUCAAAAGCCUUAUAUGUGUAUUACUGAAAGGGACCCCAUGAAAAAAAAUUACGAAUCAUUCCCUGACGUCGUAAUUGUUUUAAUUUAAGAUUAUUUUAUUUGUAAAUAGAAUAUAUUACAUGUAUAUAAUUUUAGUGAUUUGUUGAAACACAUAAUGUAGAUUGAUGUUAACGGAAUUAUGACAAAUAAAUGUUAUGCAUUAAAUCAUGUCGAUUUAGUACCUACUUCUACAUGGCAACAAUUAUAAUGAAUUCACAUCACUAGUAAGUUAGUUUUUUUAUAGGCUGAUAAAAAAUAUUUGAUAUACAUAUAAAUUGGAAUAAAAUUGUUGCGACGUCUCUACGCUACCAGUUAUAUCAGCCAAUAAC